AUGGGUUCCCUUCUGAAAGGAGCCGUGAUCGCCGCCGUAGCAUUAGGCACAAACCGCAUGGAUGUGUACCAACUCACGAGCACGAACUCCCUUGCAUACAGGUCUUACAGCGGAUCGUCAUGGUCACCCGGGUGGUCGCCCCUUGGUGGAACAUUCAAUUAUGUUCCAGCCGUCACUUCCUAUGGAUCCAACCGCAUCGACAUUAUAGGCACUGGAUCGAAUACCGGAGCUUACCAUAGGUACUGGAAUGGAAACUCUUGGUCUGGCUGGAAUAACUACGGCGGGACUUUCAAAAGUAGUAUCUCGCUCAUCUCUUAUGGCUCGAACUACCUCGACUACUAUGGCGUAGGAACAGACAAUGCUGUCUGGCACAAGUCAUGGGACGGAAACAGUUGGAGUCUAUAUGAAACGCUCGGAGGAACUUUUUCUAGCGCCCUCUCAGUCGUAGUUACCACAACGGUAACAGUCCGCAUUGACUUCUUUGGCGUCGGAAACGACAAAGGUUGUUGGCAUAAAUACAAGAGCGGCAACUCGUGGAGCGGCUGGGACAGUCGUGGUGGAUCGUUCAUCAGCGAAGUCGUUUCCAUUACGAUCUCUAUCAACAUUUUCAUCUUUGGCAUCCGAGAGGAUCGUGCUAUGUGGUAUAGCAAAUGGGAUGGAUCCAAGUGGUCGGCCUGGGAAAGUCUCGGCGGCUCCUUCAAUAGUAAACCAACUGUCAUAUCGUGGGGACCUGACCGCUUUGACUGCUACGGAACCGGUACAGAUAACACGAUGUGGCACAAAUCAUGGUCUUCUGGUGAUGGCUGGCAAUCAGGUUGGGAAUCUCUAGGUGGGAACUUUGAUGGUGCUCCUACUGUCGUAUCUUGGGGUCCAAAUCGUAUGGACUGCUUCUGCUAUGGUUAUGAUAAGAAGAUAUAUCAUAAAUCCUGGGGAGGUUCGUGGUCUGAUGGGUGGUCGACGAUUUCCUAA